UUUCGUGAGCUACAGCUCACUUCAUCGGAUGCAUACCGUGCUGAUUUGGCUCUGCAGCACUCACAGGAAUUCAUUCUCAGCUGGUUUCCUUAAAACAAAGUGAUCCUGUCUUUCAGUUUAAGAAAAAAGCUGCAACUGUUGAAGCAGCAUGCACUUAAUAAGCUACUUCUAAAUCUGGCUUCAUCAUUUCAGUCUGUGGACUAGCAGACCAGAAGCUGCAGAAUCCUUCUCAAGUCCUGUAUCAGCAGCUCCACCAUCUUGCCUAGGAUCGAUGUCAGGCUGACAGGCCUUUAAUUACCUGACUAAUCUCAUUUACCCUUUUUAAAAAAUUGGCACAACGUUGGCUUUCUUCCAGUCUUCUGGAACUUCCCCACCACACCAAGACUUACUGAAAAAAAAUCAACGUUAAUGGUCCAGCAAGCUCCUCAACCAGCUCUUUGAAAACCUUGGAUGCAAGUGAUCCGGACCUGCUGAUUUUAAAAUGUCUAACUUUAGUAGCUUCUGUUUAACAUGCUCCAGCCAUACUAAUGGAACAGAAAGAGUUUUAUCACCAUAUGAUAUAUAGAACAGAAAUAUUUAUUGAACAGCCUCCUUAUGGCCUCUACUUAAGUUUCAGCCUUCUGUUCCAGUUCUCUCUAUUGCAGCCCUGUGAGAUGUGAAUGGAAGAACGAUCUCUUGCACCUGCAUCGAUUCACAUAUGGUCUGUGGCUCAGAUGUCACUCAAAGUCUAGGCCUCUGCAACAGAAAUGGAGAAAAUAAGGGUACGAAAUUCCUGGGUGCCAACCUGCCUAUGGCAACCUAGAAUUCUCCAGGGCAGGCUCGCAAAAUCUUCACCUACCCUCUGGGACAGUACUUUGCAAGAACAGAAGGGGGAAUUACGGAAGCGCCUAUCCUACACUACCCACAAACUGGAAAUGCUUGAAACAGAAUUUGAUUCUACACGCCAAUAUCUUGAAAUUGAACUGAGACGUGCUCAGGAAGAACUUGAAAAAGUAACCGAAAAAUUGAGAAGGCAGGUGCUUUCUCCUCCGAAGACUUAUCAUGUGGGAAGCCCAAAAUACUUUACAAGGAUACAAAACAAUUACCUAGCCUUACAAAGAAUUAAUCAGGACUUGGAAGAUAAACUUUACAGGAUGGGUCAACAUUACGAAGAGGAAAAAAGGGCUUUAAGCCAUGAAAUAAUAGCGCUCAAUAAUCAUUUAAUAGAAGCCAAGGUGACAAUAGAUAAGUUAUCAGAAGAUAAUGAGCUCUAUAGAAAGGACUGCAAUUUAGCUGCUCAGCUGCUCCAGGGCAGCAAGAAUUACGACAGGGCACAUAAGCUUUCUGAGCUGCCAUCUGACUUUCAGGAGAGAGUCAGCCUCCAUCUGGAAAAGCACGGAUGCAGCCUUUCUGUACCCUUGUGUCACACAUCAUUUGCUGACAACAUACCAACUUGCGUCAUCGCUAAGGUACUGGAGAAACCAGACCCAAACAGCUUGUCUUCACAUUUGUCAAGUAAAUCUGCAAGGGAUCACUCUUUUCAAGAUUCUGUUGGGAAGCUUGGCCAAAGGCCCCAAUAUAAGUCUGACAUCUACUGCAGUGACACUGCCCUUUAUUGCCCUGAGGAGAGGAGGAGGGAGAGGAGACAAAGUGUUGAUAUGCAAGUAAAAGAUGUGGGGUUUUUGAGGUCCCAGAACUCUACUGACAGCACUGUAGAAGAAGAUGGCUUCCAUUCUAGCUUCUCUCAUGAAGCCUUCCCGGAAUAUGUUACCUCUUUACCAACCUCAAGCUCCUACUCCAGUUUCAGCGUUACCUCUGAGGAAAAAGAGAAUGCCCAGGCCAGCACUCUGACUGCCUCCCAGAAAGCAAUCUACCUGGGCAGCAGAGAUGAAAUGUUUGAAAGAAAGUCAUGUUCUAGUUAUGAACAUCAGGGAAGUCCUAGGUUUGCCAAGUCGAAGUCCGUACAGCAAAUGGAACUUGCUGAUAACAAUGAGAACUCUCCCACUUUUACUAGGACUCUGCCACCUUAUGCUAAUGAGCCUUUUCAUUUCUCAGCCAUAACGACGCAACAGGCAUUGGCAACUCAGAAAAUGCGUAACGACUGCAUGAGCACCCAUCUUUCAGAAGAAGACUUACCCGGGCGGUGGAGGCAGCUGAGCGUAGAGGACAUUGGUGCAUAUUCUUAUAGGAAUGCUGGCAGACUAUCACCCUGUAGCUUUUCGGAGCAGUACUACAGCAGCCCUGUAAAAAAAACAGAGAGCCGAACAAGCCCCAUCUAUGUUGGUUACAAAGGAGAUAGCUUCUCAGAGGGAGAAGAUAUCUGUCCAAAUAGACUUGUGGAUUCUUGCUUCCUCAGAACAGACAGUGGCCUGAACAUUGACAUCUGCACUAGCUGUAAACAGGACAAGUUGCCCUCUUACAAAACAAAAGAACCAAGAGACCCAAAAAAUGACAGGAUCACAAUGCAGUUGUGCAGUAGCAAAAAUAUCGAGAGUAGCCCCGUGUUGAAAAGAGAAUACGUUGAUGUAAGCCCAAACAGCUCAGCAGAAUCCCUCAAUCAGAGUUCAAUGGAGGCUUCAGAGAUCCAUCAGUCUUCCAAGGAGCAAGGAAGCCAUUCAGGUCUUCACAGCAAACAGCAGCAGUUUCAACGGACUGGGAGUACGGGUUUGAGUCGGAAGGACAGUCUUACAAAAGCACAGUUAUAUGGAACCCUUCUAAAUUAAAUAGCUUCCAAAACCGCAAUAAGAAAAAAACAAACAACGUUUGACAUUUCUUUUGAAUGACAAGGUUCUAAGAAACAGGAUUAUUAUAAAGUAUAUAUUCAAAAUGGUACUGUAUGUUUAAAACAACAAUCUGUACAAAACCAUUGCACAGCAUUUUUCACACAACAUCCUUUCCCCCUGGAAGACCAUCCUUUCCCCCCUUUUAUAAACCUGAAAUAUUUUUAUAAUCAAAAUGGUAUUUAUUAGAUUAUCCUUAAUCUAAGCUAUUUGAGCAGCAACCUUUUUCCUUCAAGCAGGUUUCUUAUUUAUUUUUGUGCAUGAGGCCAUCAGUGCCUGUACUCUUGGAGGAAGAGGGUAAAAUCAUCCUUGUGAUGACAAAAGUCAAACCCACUCGAUAAGAUACCAUCAACUCUGUGUCAAGUGAAGCUGAAGUGUAUGAAAAUGGUGAAUUUAAAAAAGUAUAUUUUUAAAUGAGAACAGAAAUGAACCCUAAGUUCUUUCAUACAAAUGUAUUUGAGUGAAAAAUGUACACACAAAAUAAUACAGUUAUUUUCUUCUUUUAUUCCAUUGUGUUUCUGCUUUCCUACUUUCCCUUGUAUACUACCUCAAAGUAAUUGAGGGUUUCUUGGUCACAUAUUUUCUGUAGGCUUGCAUUUAUAUUGUCUAAAAUGCAUGAAGUGUCAUAAUUAGUACUGUAUUUUGCAUUACUUAAUAAAAGACACCAGUGGAAAUA